AUGGCAACUGUUACGCGCACCAUGCCCAAGCCGACUGACGCUUAUGUUGUCAAACGGGAGCGUCUUUACGACUACUUGUACGAGCCGGUAUACUACGUCUCUUCAGAGGUCGACCAUGACAAGAGUGGUUUAAAGACUUUUAAGGAGCAAUUGAAAAAAAUGCCAGAAUUUGAAACCAUGUUCAGCAACGAGCGUGUCAUCUUCAAACUGGACCCGUCCGACCCGGUGCAGCUUUCCGUGGACUGUCGCUGGCGCGGCAACGCCGAACAGCGCCAGCAGGCUCUGCAGCAACUUAUCGGGUUUAUUCCAAGUGUCCAGCCGUUGAUGAAAAAAAGAGAUGAGUGUCAGCCCGGUGGAGCCGAUCGCUGGAAAUUCUUUAAAAGGCCUCUACCAUGUGUGCAACAGAUUCCCUUGGAUGUGAAUCGAGAAGCUUCUCAGAAAGAAGAGUUAGAGGCCACCAGCAAGAAUGCCGCUGCAGACAUUCUCACCCAUUUGACUGUGGCAGUGCAGACGGACUACAGGGAGAGCGAAGUCCAGACGGACCCGUACACCCCUGACUGGGUGCUACGUGCCGGGACGUCGCCUUCAGAGCUGUUGGUGGUGGCAUCUUUCACCUGGAAUCGAGGUCUGCCCGCAAGCAUCGAAGAAGUGGAAAUGAUCCAGCGGUCCCGCGCACGAAGGGCGUGGGAGGCUCGGCUGCCCGCCCUCAACGACCCUGACCUUUUGCGCAAAAGGAGGAGGAUGAUGGAGGAAAUGGAGGCAAGAGAGUGGGCCUUCAGAGAAGGAAAAAUACAGAAACUGCAGCACGCUCGCCUGGCCUUGCUAGGGGAAAUGCUGCUUCAGAAGGACCAGGCCCAGGUAGCCGUGGCCAAAGACAGACUCAGCAUAAUCUACUCCAAGCUGCUCAAGGAGAAGGAGAGCAAGCUCCACAAAGUGGACAAGGAACACAUGAGAUCCAUGAGGAAGCUGGAGACCAAGCGGAGGAACAUGGAGGAGAACAUCAAGCAGCUGGGCACUUGUAAAGACUAUACCGUGUACUCGUCCUUGACGUGCGCCGCGCGAGAGUGCGGCGAAGACUUCGUCGGCAAGAAAAAGUACAGUAACGAUUUUCAGAAAGUGCAGACUUACGAUGGGUUACUGAAUGGACUACAGAGACCCAGGGCUGCGUAUCUCAAGCAGCUGAAGAAGUUGUCCAAAGCCAAACCUUACAGUAGCAAGGGUAACAUUAGGUCCCCCGAUGACAGAAGAAACUUUCUGUUGGACAAGUACAAGAACCUGAAAGACGAGAUUGCUAAAUAUCUGGUCAAGAAGGAAAAGCCUGCCCCUCGUCCUGUCACUCCCACUGUUGAGGAACCUCCAGAGGGCGAGGAGGAGAGGGAGCUAGCUGUCAUUCAUCUACAGAAACUCCUGAGGGGAAGAUGCAUACAAACCCAGAUAUUCACCGGCAAAGAGAACCACUUGGACCUGAUCAAGGAGCUGAGGAUGGCGCACGCCUUGCGGGCGGAGGAGCAGCAGAUGCAGAAGGCCGACAAAAAGAUGGUCAUGGCCCUCAAAGAAGAGCGAGACAAGAUACAACUCGAGAGAUCCCGCAAGGAGGCUCAACACACCGGCGCCAUUGGCGCCGAGCUAGAGUACGUGUUCGAUACCCUGUCCAAGGAGCUGAUCCGCCUGCAGGAGGAGCGCCGCAUCCACGCCUUCACACUGCUGGCGGAAAGGGAGCGUCUGAGGCGCGAGGCCGAGGAGAGCGGGAGAAGGCAGGCGGAAGAACGCCACCGCCUAGAGGACGACCAGAUCUUCAGAGAAGUGGUUAAAGUCCACCAGGAGACAGUGGACUUGUACUUUGAGGAUAUCAUCCUGGACACCAUGGAGGUCACAGCAGACCAACAGGCACGAGAGGAGAUCCGCAGGGUUGCCAAGGAGGUCAAUGACAUCGCCUACGCCAUCGAAGAGAGCCGCAACAACCUUCAAUCGGAGGAGAUUGUGUCCGAGUUGGUCUACGGAUUCCUCAUUCCUGAAGUGGAGAAGAACAUUGUCCGACAAAGAGUGCACGAGAGGCAGCGCCGCCACCUGCUGGCGGUGCGCAGCAUCGUGGAGGGCAACGCCGAGGUGCAAGUCGUGGCCAGCACCAUGGGCACUCAGCAGGUGACACGCCCUUCUGAUGUGGCCGCCCAAAAGUUCCUGGACGACAUGUUAGAUGACGGUAGCGACAAAGUCGAAUAG